AUGGCUACCAUAUCAACAACUGCACAGAGUGAAGUUGGCGCCCCUUCACAACUUCCCACCUUCGUCUUCCCCGCAAGAGCAUCUCUAUCAUCUGCUCCCGCACCAUUUCCCAGAACCUCAGGUCGACGUCCGAUGUCUAUACCUACAGAAUUGCCAAGUUUCUCCUUUAAUCAAUCAACGACAUCGUCCGCAGGCCCUGCAAUUUCUCCACCAGUCUCUCCAUGCUUCGCAAAUUUUGAUUUAUCCAACUCGCCUAGGGCGGCUGUUCAUCGCAGAGGUACGAGUGAAUUCAUAGGUGGAGAUGGAAAGGUGGGCUCGAGCGCAGGAUUGAUGAGUACCAGUCCAACUCAAGGAGACAACGUUCUACCCCCGCCUAAUCCAGGAAGACGUGGGCAUGCACAUCGACGUUCUGCUGCAGUAUCAGCGCAUGAUAUCAAAAUGAUUCUGAAUCCUACUGCUCCAAAUACACCGUCAAUCCCGCGAGUAGGAUCCGCCCCAACCUCUCCAUCCAAUCAUGAGAAUCAACAAGGUGCACUAGGCCUGGCUAAACCUGCCAGCAAUGAUGACGCCUCUAACAUCAAAAUACUCAAUCGUGCCCGCGUCGGCUUCUCAGAAAAUGUGGAAUUUAUUCCUAGGCCGGUGAGCGUAGUUUCUAGUGAUACAUCUAGCACAGUCACAAUGCGACCAACUCAUUCAGUAUCGAAUUCUCUGAGCUCCGUUGUGUCUGGGGGAACCGUGACUCCUCCAGCCACUCUCGCUCCUCCAAAUAAGGACCUUCUCGCUCUGCCAUCGCCCAAUAUUCGAGGCGCAGAUUCGCGGCCCAGAACUGCAAACGCCAUUUUAGACCCAAUUAAGGACACAGCUCAGCCAGCAGAGACCUCUGCAUCUCAGGGACGACGUGGAUCCAUGCCUCUACUCAAUGAUAUUCAGGCUAUUGCCCCUCCAAGCCCUAGGAAAAAGUGGACGUUUUUCGGACACGAGCCAGCAUCUGGCAACACUUCACCAAGCCGAUCGCGUCCUGUUAGCUCCACAUCCAUCGAUAAAGCAGCAGACACUAGUGCAUCCGUUUCCUCGCGUUCAAGUCCCAAAGUUGACAUCACAGACAUUUACCAGAUGCCGUCCAUCGAACCUUCAUGUUCCCGUAGGUCUUCAAUGUCAAGAAAAUCUGGCAAGAAGCAAAAGAAGGUCAAAUCUUGGGCAGGAUCGAUACUAUCGAGAAAGUCUCGCAGUCGUGGUCAGAAGAAGAAGGGAAGCCGCCGCUCCGCAACACCCCCUAUGCGUCCUUACUCGGCAAUGAGUGAUUCCGCAGCACUUGAUAUUCAACCUCUACCUGUUCAUGCUGAAGAAUCUCCUGCUCCCGAGCAACAAGAUUUUGCAUCGUGGAAGCCAAGGCAGACUUACCCGUCUGAUGAUGAUGCUAUGAGUCCUAUCAUUGAUCUGGAUGCCGCUCUUGGUCCUUUCAAUACCCCUUCCUCUUACGGUGCUGAAUGGGAAUCAUCACAAAAGACAUCUUCUAAGAGACGAAUGCAUAGUGCGGCAGGCAUGGGUGGGUUUAUUGGACCGGGUAUGCAUUACCAUCGACGAGCGGAGAGUGCCCCUGAAAUGGUUCCAUUCGAAAAUCGAUUCGGUAUACACCGCCUUGGUAGCAGCUCCACUAUGGCUGACGUAUUUGAAGAAGAUGAGGAAGACGAUGAAUGGGAGGAUACCAAGGCUUCCUCAGACAAAGAUUCUUUGGCCAGAACCGAAGAUGAUGACCAAAAUGCCCUUGGUAUCGACAUCACGGUCGUGGAGACGGAAUCGUCCAAUAGCGAUAAGAUUAUGGAUUGGUCAAUUGACGAAUCACGAGGCGUAAAGCAAAAUGGUAGUGGUCCUAGUGAGGGUGAGCGUAAGAAUAGCAUUGCGAGUCUGAAAUCCGACCACUCCAAUACGUCCUUGAAGGAUGAGUCAAACAUGGAAGAAGAAUCUAUCAGUCCAAUUGAGAUUGCAGAUGACUCCAUUCCGCCUAGACCAGAUUCUGGCGCACAGUCCUCGGAAUCUACCGCUACUCCCCCUUUCCGCCCUCGACCCGCCAAAGAUCUUGCACACGUUGAGAUCAAUCCUUUCUCGCUACAGCCUGCAUAUCUUAUACAGAAUAGUCCUCACUCUACCACUCAUUCCUCAUUCCCUUCUCCGAGAUCACCAUUCUCGUACGAUACACAGCGCAUAUCCACAGCUCCAUCAUCCAUUGCAGAUGAAAAUGCGUUCCACUCGUUACUACUUGGCGAACCCGGGCCAGAAUUGAGAAUGUCCGUAGAUGAUGUUCCAUCGCUGACAAGUAGCAAUUCCACCAUGACAAGAGAAAGUGGUGCGAAUCCCUGUUACAUCUUCCGAGACGGUCAACGUUCGGUCUCCGUUUCUUCUGCUAGCGGCCCAACUAGAAAACGCUCCAGCAUGGCCAGCUUGUCCCGCUUAAUAAGCACUUCUCAUGGCGAAAGAAGCAAAUUGUCUAUUGAAUCUCGUGUCCCUAGCAGUUCCGACAUGGAAAAGAAGAAUAAAGGAAGCAAGAGCAAACGAAUCAGUCGUAUGAUUCAGUUCUGGAAGCCCAAGGAGACAAAAGAAUCUACUUGA